CCGCUCAGCGCGAUGCCGCUGCAGCAGGGCUCAGCCCGGGCCCGGCAGCGCACCGUGCUCCUGGUGGGCAUCGCCGUGCUGCUGGCCGCCCUGGUCCUCGCCGUGGUGCUGGCCUCUCUGCUGACCCACGGCAGGCACGAGGUCAGUCCCCAAAUGCUGAAGUGGAAGGACAGGGGGACCACGAAGAACUUGCAAGAAGUUAUUGUGGGAAGAUGCUACAACUACAUCACGGCGCAGCACCCGGAGCUGGGAGAUAAGGAUUGUCUAAAAAUAUGGGAAUCAUUAAAAGAUGCCUUCAUUUACAAGAACCCCUGUAAUAUCACACCAGAAGAUUACCAGCCUCUGAUGGAGCUGGCAAGUCACCCUAUACCCUGCAACAAGUCACUGUUUUGGAGCAAGACAAAUGACCUUGUUCAUCGUUAUACAAAAUCCAAUCAGAAUUUCCUCACCUUGGAGGACACCUUGCUGGGUUAUAUGGCUGACAGAGUUUCAUGGUGUGGAGACCCCUCUGCCCCAGGAAUCAACUAUGAAUCUUGUCCAAAACGAAAUGAAUGUGAGAGCAACCCUGGCUCUGUGUUCUGGAAAAUGGCCUCCAAGAUGUUUGCAGAAGCAGCUUGUGGUGUGGUUCAAGUGAUGCUCAAUGGAUCAGUGGAAGCUGGAGCUUUCAGGAGCAGCAGCAUCUUUGGAAGUAUCGAGAUCUUUAACCUGGAUCCAGAUAAAGUCACUGAAGUGCACAUUUGGCUCAUGCAGAACAUUGGUGGCCCUCAAAGUGAAUCCUGCUCAGGUCAGUCCAUUCAGAGGUUAAUAAACAUUCUAGAAGAACGAAACUUUAAGAUCAUCUGUGAAGACAAUUACAGGCCUGUUCAGCUCCUUCAGUGUGUGCACAACCCAGACCACACAGACUGCAGGCUUUGCACCAACAGCUCAGCAAUUCCCUGAAGCAGAGUUCUCUGUGCCACUGAAGAAUUCCCUGACUUGUGUGCAAAGCUGGGGAGGAUGUGGCUGCAGAGCUGAGAGUGAUAACAGUAGCAUGGUGUGUGCUGAGUGCAUAACCAGAAAUCCUUGCUGUGAUACUAACUGCCAGAUAGCAGGAGGUGGUACCUGAGCUGUGAUGCUGUAGACACACACACACAAACACACAAACACUGUUUUAGAUGGGCUGGGGCUGUGGUCAGCAAUUGAGGGCAGAUGCUUUGCCCUGGUUUGCUCCCCUCUGUACAGCUUGCCACUGGCACAGAGCAGGGAUUCCCUGGGACAUGCACAGAGAAGAAAGAGACUUUCCAGGAUAGGCAGAACUUGCCUAGAUCAGUGCUGGAACUUUGCCUGGAUCAUCUGCCUUCCUGCUGAAAGGUUAAGCAGGAAAUGACCAGGGCAUGCUACAUUUUCCCUGCAUCCCAGUGCAAAUUUGCUCAGAAGGGAAUGUUGCCCAUUGGCCCAUGGUAUAAAUCGUGGCUUUCCCAGGUACUGUGACACUUCUGACCAGGUAAAGCAAGCAAUGGAAUAGGCACAGCAGUUCUUGCCUUUUAAUGGGUAUCACAGUAAGCAGCUGGAGGGAAGACAGCUGAGCUGAGCUAAGAAAAAACCAGAACCUGCUCAGAGGGUUGCCUGCACCUGUAAAAGCUGCUUAGUAUGCAGCUGGGAGAGAAAAUAGUGAGGCUGACUCAGAUAGCUCCAUUAAAAUCCUACUGGAUACACCAUUGCUGGUCAGAUUACAUUUUGUUCUUAAUAUAGCAGUAAACAGCAGCCUUCCAACUUUCAUAAAAGGUCCCUCAGGCCACAGCUUGGCCAUGCACUGGAAUAGAAACAAACAUCAAACGGUUGCCACAAUAAGGAGUCUCUCUUGACCUCAGUUUCUGCAGUGGAAGGUGAUGCCUUGGGGUGUAGAAUUCACAAGCACUGACGUGCUGUGGUGCACUGAAACAGCAGCUUUCAGUGAUUUCCUUUGAUUUCCAUUUUACCAGUCUCAAGUGCAGUGUUUAUAGCAAAACAAGUGUCUGAGGCCAGCUGUGGCCACGGCUGCAGUGCCAUUGACUGCAAGAGAGCAGAGCAGGCUUUGCUGCAGACACACUCCCUGGUGUGUGUCUGAGGUGACAGGUGUACUCCUAGUGCUGAGGUGACAGUGUGAGCAGCAGCUGGCAGUGCUGAGGUGACAGUGUGAGCAGCAGCUGGGAGUGCUGAGGGGACAGUGUGAGCAGCAGCUGCCAAACCUGCAGGCACACUGGGGUUUCCAUGGUCCCACAGGGAGAAGGUUGUACUGCCACAAGUUUCAGUGACUGCCCAGAGUGCAAAGCAUCGUUAUGGAACUGCACAAGCUGGUGGGAUUCUGAGCAUCUCUAGAUAAGCCUCAUCUCUUCAAUAGCAAUAGAAGCCUGCCCUGAGCCUGGCUGGACCAACCCAAGACCUCACUUAUGAUGUUUACAUUAAGUGAAAUGUAUUUUUAUUUGCAAGAUGUUAUGUAACUUCUUAGACAAAUCAACAUAGACACAAACCAAUACUUUCAAAGAGGAUAUUUCUGACUAUCACUUACAAGUUUGUCUUCAUGCUCACUUUUGUACUUCUGUUGCAAUAUAUUGACUGUAAAAUUAAGAUCUCUAAUAAAAUUGCUGAU